ACUCCUGAAGUGUGGCGCGCUGUCGGAUUUUAAAGUGGGGAACUUCUAGUACCGCUCACUAGAACAUAAUACCAAAAUAAGAUAUACAUUAAAGCAGAACACCUAAAGCCAUGUCUCAUUUUAAUGCAGUCUUCGUUGUUAUGGUAUCUUUGAUUUUACAGUCAGGUAAGUAAUUGGGCCACGAAUUUUUUUUUACUAUCACACAACUGUAUGUUUAGACAAUAAGAAAUGUAAAAUAAUUUAGUUGUAUAGGUAAGAGCGUUAAUUAAUUUACCAAAACUCUAUGUGUUUUAUUAAACGAUACAACAUUGUAAGUAUUAACAUAUUUUUAAUGACAUGUGUGCGUUUUAAUUAUAAAGCUGUUUAAUUUUAAAUAGAUCUUUUAAAAACUAUAAGUGACGCCUUUGCCUGUUCUUAAACUAAAUUAGAAAAUUUUAACGCAAAGAAAGUUUAUUAAUUUCUUAGAUAAUUAAAUUAUGAAUUCGUUACAUGAAAACCGAGUCCCUUGUCUCAUUCGUUGAAAAUGAAGAAUCUCGUAAAAUGCAUUUAUUUGCCAGCAAUUUAAUUAUGGGGCUUUUAAGCGCUUGAUUUCAUAGGAAUUAAAAUAUAAAUUAUUAUAAUUUAUUCUCUUGCUUUUAGCACCAGUUGCUAAAUCUGGAUGAAACAUCAAUGAUUUAUGUUUUUAUUUUACAAAUUCAGAGUGGAGGCACGCACACAACACAAAAAGGGAAGAGGGGUGGAAGGGAGGGGGGGGGAGACACAUACACCAACCAGAGCCGUCGCGUGACUUUUAAAGGGCAUCUCUGCCACUUUUCAAUUUUGUGCCCGAAAGCAAAUAGUUUCAUUAGUUUCCACAUAUUAACUUUGGGCCCCUUAUACACAACAGAGCCCACCCAGCCCCACCCCCUUACAGCCUCAGGGAUUGCUGGGUCCACACGAUGGCCCAUACUUGUAGUGAGAGAGUAAUAAAGAACAAUCAUGUUUUACUUAUUAUUUUAUUUUUGGCUUUUUUGAAUUGCGAUUGUAAUUUAAUCAAGAACGAAUUAAAACAUUUAUUGAGUUUAUGUAACGAUAGAAACUAAACAAUAACUUUAACCACAUUCACACACCCACACGCUCGGGGCCGGAUUUACAUAUUUCUGCGCCCUAUAUAGUGGCGUAGCGAGGGUGUUUGGCUCCCGGGGGAAAGAUUCGCGCCCGGGGACAAGAUCCAUUUUAAAGCGCCCCCUUUUCUUUUUUUCAACUCUCAAACCCAUUAUUUUUACCAAUAAUAUAAUAUCAAAGCACAUUUUGGCGCCCCUAACUAGCUUGCGCCCGGGGACAUCUGUCCCCCUUCCCCCCUCUCGCUACGCCUCUGGCCCUAUACCAAUGUACACAUUUCUACGCCCUAUACCAAUGUACACAUUUCUACGCCCUAUACCAAUGUACAUAAUUCUGCGCCCCCACCAUCCAUGGUGGCGAGCCACCUUAGGAACGCCAAAGGCGUGACUUCCUUUAAUAAUUUAACCUUAAUCAGUAAGGGGUGGAUUUCCUCCUGCGGAUUACUAGGACCCCCCGCCCCCCCCCCCGGGGACAAAGAGUAAUCCUAUAUGUAAUGGCCAAGCAGAUUUUUUUUUGUGUGGGUGGGGGAGGGGGAUAUUCACUGACACCUUCUUGCGAAGGUUUCCUCAGAGCUGUCGACCACAUAGAUUCUAGUAGUGUUUAAUUCUAAAGUUUUUUACUAGGCACUCCCUGCCCCUACAUUAAACACCACGUGACACAUUCAAGCUAGUGAUUUGAACAAACUUGAAAUAUCUAAUAAAUGUCUUUUUUAAAAAACAUUUUUAAAAAACAUGUUUCAACCAAAUUUAAGUUUAUAUCCUUUUAUAUAAUCUGUGUAGACUUUUGAGUGUUAUUCUUCUCUGUCUUCUGCUUCGAUUCUUCUUCUUCUUCUUUGCCUUUUCAGCUCCCAGUGGAGCAUAGACCCAUUGUUAGUUUCUCUUUCCAAGCCCUCCUGUCUCUGGCUAUCCUCUCUAAACCUUUCAAACUCUAUCCAGUCUUUGUUGACAUCUUUGCUGACAUCUUUGUUGACAUCCUUGUUGACAACUUUGUUGACAUCUUUGUUACAACUUUGUUGACAUCUUUGUUACAACUUUUUUACUUCUUUCUUGACAUGUUUGUUGACAUGUUUGUUGACAUCUUUGUUACAUAAAUUUUAACAUCUUUGUUUCUUCUUUGUGACAUCUUUGUUUUUUUUUGUUACAUCUUGAUAAAUCUUUGUUGCAUAAAUGUUAACAUCUUUAUAACAUCUUGUUACAUCUUUGUUACAUAAAUGUUAAAAUCUUUUUUACAUCUUUGUUACAUCUUGUUACAUCUUUUUAGACAUCUUUGUUAAAUCGUUGUUAAAAUCUUUUUUACUUCUAUGUAAAAUCUUUGUUACAUUUUUCUUGACAUCCUUGCUAAUAUCUUUGUUACAUCUUUGUAAACAUAUUUGUGACACAUGUGACAUCUUUGUUGACAUAUUUGUGACAUAUGUAACAUCUUUGUAAACAUAUUUGUGACAUAUGUGACAUCUUCGUUGACAUAUUUGUGACAUAUGUAACAUCUUUGUUACAUCUUUGUUGACAUCUCUUCUCCAUGUGCUUUUGGUGUAUUCCUCGUCCACUUGACCAUCGAGGGUUCCGUGCCCAUUUGAUUUAAUCUACCCGUAUUAGUCUAUUAUGUAUGUAUGUAGGCCUAUAAUUACAUCAAGGCAGAUCUUCAUAUUUGAAAAUAAAUUAAUUAAUAAAUACUAUUGAUGCUAAAAAUAGCAGUUGGUCGGUUGCCGGUUAGGAGUGCGCCUUAGUGGGAUUCAGUGGUUUCUGUAAGUGUGUUUGUCUGCUCUUUGAAUGUCAUGUCACAAUGACAUGUCCCCCAAAAUUUCGUUUAUGAAGAGCAUAAAAAUACAAUCACAAAUCUAUUAAAACUAGUUCAACUUCAACAACAAAUAGCUCACCAAACAAAAAGGAUUUUAAAAAUUCGUUAACAAAAAACAAACAAAAAAAUCACCCAUGUUUUUACUACUUUAAAAAAAAAUACCAACGCUAUAAGGGACUGCCAAUGAGGUUAUUACUUCCCUUGUCACCCCGAGUUAUUGUUCAUACAGGAGAGUACAAAGAACGACAAAGAUGGUUCCUCAGAUGGCGAAAACAGCCUUUGAGACCUGGCGAGUUGAAGAAAUUAAGAAAUUUUUACGGGAAUUGCAUCAGCCUGUAUCUGGAAAUAAAGCAGAACUAGUAGAUCGAGCACGCGGCUGUGUAGCAUUGCGAAUUUGUUGGAAAAAACCAGUAAAGACGAACUAUUCCAUCGUCCAAACUUUGAUAAUCUAACAACUCCUUCAGGAGCGAAAAUGCCCGAUCCUGCAUGGGAUAUUUUUUUAGAAAUCCCGCUAUGACGCGAGUCCCACUAUCUAUUUAUAACUUUGAAAGAGAUUUGAAAAAAAAAAAAAAUCACUAUUGAAUUAAGAACCUCCGAGCUUUUUUUUUGUUUUCUGAGAUGAGAUCUAGACCUUUUUCUGAAAUGAGAUCUAGACCUUUUUCUGAGAUGAGCUCUAGACCUUUUUCUGAGAUGAGAUCUAGACCUUUUUCUGAGAUGAGAUCUAGACCUUUUUCUGAGAUGAGGUCUAGACCUCAGAGUCGUCGGGGUUUCCUGCAACCGAUGCGGUGGAAAGUAAUGUCGUGGAAGAAAAUUUUAACGAUUAAUUUUUGAAUCCAGGGGAACGCACCCGGAACAGAGGGUCCACGAAAAGUCAAGCAAAAGUUAUCCGCCCUACCCCCCUGGGCCACCAUUUUCUUUCAACACAAGGCUUUUUUUUUUUUUUUUUAAAUUCGGCCGACAGACUGAGCCGGCUUUAAAUAAAUAAAUUUAAAAAUAUAUAUAUUUAGUGACAUAUUAUCAGGAACUCGUGCCGGCCGCGAGAAAUAUUUCAAACGGAACGUCUAAAUUCCUCAACAUGUCAAAAAUGACGGAGUGACUUCCUGAAAAUAAUGCUUUUGUAGUUUUUGUAUGACAACCCUGCAACAAAUUUACACUUUUUAAAGCAUGGGGUCAAUUUUACAGCGGUGACCCAAUUUAACCUUGAACUACUUGUCAUUAAAUUAUGAAACGUUGGUUAUAUUUUGUGUGACCAUAAUUAUGCGAGGCAAAUGUCUGUAAAGGGUAUUUUUCAGAUGAUAUCCAAAGAACGAUUGUGAACGAGAAGAGCUUCAUGAUGAAUAUUGUAAUAAAAUCAUUUUAAUAUUCUUAAAACAAUAAUUACCACAGCGUGGUUCUCAUAAGAUUCCAACUGGUGCUUUAUUACUGUACUACUUUUUAUUUUACUUUAUAUUUUUAAAUUGGAAAGCUCCUAUAGAUUAGAAAGAAACUGUAUGAUCUGUAUGAUCUGUAUGAUCUGUAUGACAGGUCAAAUUUGACCUGAAACCUAAUUUAGUUGCAAUUGUUUUACUUUAUACAUGCUUUAACUGCUAUAACGGAAGUGGAUUUAUUUUAAAAAUAAUGAUAAUAACCUAAUAUUUUGUCUAUAUACAGAGUGUCAACUUUACAACCUAUUGAGUGCCUUCCAGAGCCCGAACCCAUAUUCAGGAAGUCCACUUUUCUCUUUCGCUUCUCAGAUGCCCGGAUGUAAGUCUUUUAAGUUAUACUUUUUUUUUCUAGACUUUUCAUAGCUCCGCGUAAAGAUAAUGCCUUUUUAUCUUUGGAGCAGGGACUUGAAAAUGAAUAAAUGGUAAAAUCACAAAAUAAUACGACGUACAUUCGUAUAGUUCUAGACAUGAUGUAUUUAUUGAUCGAUUUCCAAAAUCAAUAAAUCAAUAGGACAAUUUAAUUAAGGUCAAGAAAUAACAUUAAACUAAUUCCACAGCGGGAGUUACGGUGCUGCUACAAGGAUCGUAUUGCUACUUUCGAGAAAUGGUAGGAGAAGGGCUCUAAAAUUUCAAUUUUGUUCUUGGUGCUAAAAUUAUGGGGGCUGGCACACAGGGUACAUUUACGUUUCUGCAGCUUUAACGCUUUUGCCCCCCCCCCCCUCCAUAUAGACCCUUAUUUAUUAGGGUUACUUUCAACAGUGUGGGCGACCUCUUGUGUCAGGGGUAUGCAGAUUCAAAAUUUAGACACAUAGUUCUCAAAAAAAAUUUCAAUUUUGUUCUUGGUGCUAAAAUUAUGGGGGCUGGCACACAGGGUACAUUUACGUUUCCGCAGCUUUAACGCUUUUGCCCCCCCCCCCCUCCAUAUAGACCAUUAUUUAUUAGGGUUACUUUCAACAGUGUGGGCGACCUCUUUUGUCAGGGGUAUGCAGAUUCAAAAUUUAGACACAUAGUUCUCAAACUUUGGAAAAACGGAUUUCUUGUGACACACUACUUUGUUGCCAGUGGUACACAAAAUGUUUGCUUACUUUAUUUACUAGCACAGAAUUCCAAACGUUUGAGAACCCCUGACGUACAUUAUUUGAAACUCGAUCUACAUCAGAUUCCCAUUUCAGCCUGUAGCGCGCAUAUAAAAAAAAUCCAAUUGCUGGUGGUCCGCAUCACAACAUAUUACAUGGGUCAUUAUUAACCGAACAUUUGGCUACUAUGAAAUGAAAGAAAGUGUGGGCUAAAAUUGAAACUCAAUUAGAAGCUUCGCUUAUGUUUAAAGCCUUUAUAUUAACUUCACUUUUGUUUGUGUGUUUGUGUCGUAUAAAAUUUUCGAAAGUAUAAAUGACCCACUUCCCGUCAUCCUAACGAGCUGAAACUUGGCACACAGACUCGUAGCUAAUGAAAACACUUUCUUUCAAAUUUUCAGCCUCAACCCACAAAGAGUCAAUUUUACCGUUUUUUUUUUUUUUUUAAAGUGUGUGUGUGAAUGUUAAUACUUCAUUAAAUGGGUGCUUGUUUUUGGUGUGGAGAUUAAUGCUAUGUGCUUUGUAUUUGCGACAUAUUCGGGUAAAAAUAAAUCUUUAGUUAAUUAGGUUUUACAAGGUUGUUUAAUGCAACGGUCAAGAAUGGGGUAGUCUACACUUUUUCUUUUCUUUGUCAGAGAAUUCUGCAGUGGUUGGUAGCUGAGAUUUUCUCGGAACUUUUUAUAAACCCAAUUAAAUAAAAAAACAAUUAUAAUUGUCAAAAAAUCUUCUUUGAUCCCUUCAGAAUAUUACCUACCCUUGAUUUGGGCACAAUAUGUGCCACCUGUUCAGACCAUCUCUACUCUCCUGACAUGUGCCACCUGUUCAGCCCAUCUCUACACUCCUGACAUGUGCCACCUGUUCAGCCCAUCUCUACACUCCUGACAUGUGCCAGCUGUUCAGCCCAUCUCUACACUCCUGACAUCUGCCAGCUGUUCAGCCCAUCUCUACUCUCCUGACAUGUGCCACCUGUUCAGCCCAUCUCUACUCUCCUGAUAUGUGCCACCUGUUCAGUCCCUCUCUACUCUCCUGAUAUGUGCCACCUGAUAAGCCUUUCUCUACUCUCCUGAAAUGUGCCACCUCGUCAGCCCAUCUCUACUCUCCUGAUAUGUGUCACCUGAUAAGCCCCUCUCUACUCUCCUGUGUUGUUGGCAAUAUAUGUUAAAGUUAUUACGAAAUAACGAAGUUUAUGUCUCCGAACCAAAUGAAAUAACCGCUAUGUGAUUCAAAUAAACUAACUUUUGAACCUGCCCUGUAAAUGAGCUCUUCUGACAUUGCCAUUGACAUUUUCUUAAACGGCAUUUUCAGCUCAUCAAAAUGCAAUCGGUGCCGACAGAACGGCAUCGCAGUUCCCGUCCCCACAGGCGCCCCAAGUUCUUCUGAAUGCUUUUAAAAAUGCACAAGGUAAGCCAAACCGGGAACAGUGUAAGUCACAACAUGGCAAAUAGUUUAAGUCACAAUACUGUAAGUCAAACACAAUGGAUACAAUGCAGGUCAAAAAGUGUACUACAGUUUAUGUCAUAACGUGUACAAGGUAAGCAGUGACAUGUACAAUGCUGUAAGUAAAACACAAUAGAUAUAAUGUAUAGGUUAAACGUGUAGUAUAGUUUAUGUCAUAACGUGUACAAGGUAAGCAGUGACAUGUACAAUGCUGUAAGUAAAACACAAUAGAUACAAUGUAGGUCAAAACGUGCACUAUAAUUUAUGUCAUAACGUGUACAAGGUAAGCAGUGACAUGUACAAUGCUGCAAGUAAAACACAAUAGAUACAAUGUAGGUCAAAACAUGUGCAAUUUACGUCACGUCUGCAUGGGGGCGAUGUCUGGGUGGAGCUUUGGGGGAAGGGGAGCGAUUAUGUCAAAUAACGCAGUUUCUCUCCGGACUAGACACAGCUUAAAAUGCCUAGAGUCUAAUCCUAUAAUGAGUUGUUUAUUUUAGGUUGUUUUUUUUUUUAAAUCCAUCUCCUCACUGAAGAAAGCAUAUUUUUUUUUUUUUUUAUAAAAAAAAAAAUUUUGAUAAUUUUUUAUUUUUUUUUAUAAAUUGUUAACAGCUUAAAAUGCCUAGAGUCUAAUCCUAUAAUGGGUUGUUUAUUUUAGGUUGUUUUUUUUUUUAAAUCCAUCUCCUCACUGAAGAAAGCAUAUUUUUUUUUUGUUUUAUAAAAAAAAAAAAUGUCGAUAAUUUUUUAAUUUUUUUUAAAAAUUGUUGGACUGGUUUCAAGUUGUCCCUUAUCGUCUGUAUCUUCUCUCUUUCUUUCCUUUUUAUAACGAGAUCGCAAUCUCCUACCCACAGCCCCCCUCAUUAUUUCUUUCAAGUCAGAUGUUAGUAAUACACCAGCUGAAAGAGCUUUCCUAUCUCUUCCCCUCCACCCCCACCCCCCACCUCCCCGCACAGGACCUCCACCAGGGGCGGCACCACUACCUAAUCCAAUGAGUAACAUGAUGAACAUGAUCGGCGGCAUGGGAGGCCACGGCUUGAGUCAACCACAUGGUGGCGCUGGCGGUCACGGGAUUAUGCCCAUCAGUGGCGGGGUGAGUUGGCUUUCCUCACUGCUGUAAUGACACUAACAUUAUCCUGCAAAUUUGGCGUUACAGCGACUAUGGUUUUAAUUGCAAGGGGAAAAAAAAUGACUAUUAUAUAAAAAAGAAAAUGUAUUUUAACCAAUGCAUUUUUCUCACUAUAAGCAUUCUUCCCAGUCAAAUAAAAAUCCGUACGAGUCCCACCCUUUGAUCUUAAUGAAAGUAUACAAGUCACACCCCUUGAUCUUAAUUAAACAUACAAGUCCCGCCCCUUAUCUUAAUUUAACAAACUACUAGCCCCGCCCCUUGAUCUUAGUGAAACUAUACAAGUCCCACCCCUUGAUCUUAAUUAAACAUACAAGUCCCGCCCCUUAUCUUAAUUAAACAAACUACUAGCCCCGCCCCUUGAUCUUAGUGAAACUAUACAAGUCCCACCCCUUGAUCUUAAUUUAAAAUACAAGUCCCGCCCCUUAUCUUAAAUAAACAACUUACAAGCCCCCACCCCUUGAUCUUAAAUUUUUUUUUUAAACGUACAAGUUCUCACCCUUGAUCUAAUUUUGUUUUCACCGAUUAUUCUGCUCCGUAACAUUGAUCAAUCACGCAUUAAUAAUCGGUAAUAUUUCUUUCACAUUAACUUAUAACAUGUGUUUGUUGUAGCUCAUCAAUGUCACUCUUAGAUCCUGAAUCGUUUUAUAUAGUCACGAAAAACAAGUAACUAUUUUAUUAUGUAUCUUAACAAAAUGCGCAUUUACGUGACGUCAUCGCCCACUCCACAGCUUUUUCACGCAAUUAAUUUACUUCAUUAUAAGUCUACCUGUUGCCUGUUAGGCUUAGACGUUAGAACAUUGACAGAAAGUUUUAAAAGAAAGAGGGGAGAAAAAUCACGUACGUGACGCUUCAUCACGUGUACCUACAUCCUUAUCGUUGUUUUGUUUUGUUGUUUUUUUUAAUAAAUAUUUUCUUUAGCAUUGAUAUCGUAGAGGUUAGUUGGUCGUCAGUUUCCUCAACUUUCCAUUAACUUCCUCGUACUUAUUAUAUAACGUAUCAUUCUUAUACCUUGACGAAUACAUUUUCCAGAUGAAGCAGAUGGUCGUUAAGUGGGCCACACAGCUGGGCCACAAGGCCUACUACGAAGCCCAUGGGUGCGUCGACCCCAGCACAACACUUCACGGUCGUCAUGGACAGAUGGCUUCCAUGGGUGAGAGACAACAAUCAUUUUCACGUUAAUUAAUGCUAUAAGAUAAGAAAGAAAAAAAACAAAACAAAAAAAAUUAAAACAAAACAGUGGCGUACUAGGGUUAGUGCCACCCGGGAGGUGGCAAUUAUUUUUUUUUUUUACAUCUACGAAAAAAAAAAAAAAUAUCCGUUGGCAGAAAAUAACACCACUCAAAAUAAAAAAAAAAAAAAAAAAAAAAAAUAAAAAAAAAACAGUGGCGUACUAGGGUUAGGGCCACCCGGGAGGUGGCAAUUAUUUUUUUUUUUUACAUCUACGAAAAAAAAAAAAAUAUCCGUUGGCAGAAAAUAACACCACUCAAAAUAAAGAAAAAAAGUGUCGCCCCAUGUCACUAAUCACCAGUUCCCUGUUGUUUCCUUCUAAUCAGGCUGGCGCCUCUUGGACCUCCUAUUUCUAAUUUUUCCCACAACAGCUCACCACACGAUCGUCACCAUUGUGGUGAAAGAUGCCACGCCAACAUACACGAACACCUUCACAAGCCCUAGUCCCCGCUCAGCCCAAAGGCGAUAAUGCCAACCCCAUUUGGUUAAUUUAUUUUGCUCCCGUUUCAGCCAUGAUGGGGGUGUUGUCCCAUCCCCCAAUAGAUUUAUCUAUGUUGCUCCCGUUUCAGCCAUGAUGGGGGUGUUGUCCCAUCCCCAAAUAGAUUUAUCUAUGUUGCUCCCGUUUCAACCAUGAUGGGGGUGUUGUCCCACCUCCCAAUAGAUUUAUCUAUGUUGCUCCCGUUUCAGCCAUGAUGGGGGUGUUGUCCCAUCCCCCAAUAGAUUUAUCUCUGUUGCUCCCGUUUCAGCCAUGAUGUGGGUGUUGUCCCAUCCCCCAAUAGAUUUAUCUAUGUUGCUUAUAUUUCAGCCAUGAUGGGGGUGUUGUCCCAUCCCCCAAUAGGUUUAUCUAUGUUGCUCCCGUUUCAGCCAUGUUGGGGUUGUUGUCCCAUCCCCCAACUCCCGUUUCAGCCAUGAUGGGGGUGUUGUCCCAUCCCCCAAUAGAUUUAUCUCUGUUGCUCCCGUUUCAGCCAUGAUGUGGGUGUUGUCCCAUCCCCCAAUAGAUUUAUCUAUGUUGCUCAUUUUUCAGCCAUGAUGGGGGUGUUGUCCCAUCCCCCAAUAGAUUUAUCUCUGUUGCUCCCGUUUCAGCCAUGAUGAGGGUGUUGUCCCAUCCCCCAAUAGAUUUAUCUAUGUUGCUUCCGUUUCAGCCAUGAUGGGGGUGUUGUCCCAUCCCCCAAUAGGUUUAUCUAUGUUGCUCCCGUUUCAGCCAUGAUGGGGGUGUUGUCCCAUCCCCCAAUAGAUUUAUCUAUGUUGCUCCCGUUUCAGCCAUGAUGGGGGUGUUGUCCCAUCCCCCAAUAGAUUUAUCUAUGUUGCUCCGUUUCAGCCAUGAUGGGGGUGUUGUUCCAUCCCCCAAUAGAUUUAUCUAUGUUGCUCCCGUUUCAGCUAUGAUGGGGGUGUUGUCCCAUCUCCCAAUAGGUUUAUCUAUGCUGCUCAUGUUUCAGCCAUGAUGUUGUUGUUGUUCCAUCCCCCAAUAGGUUUAUCGAUGUUGCUUAUAUUUCAGCCAUGAUGUGGGGAUGUGCCAGUCCCCAGGCGGGAGAAGUUUGUGAUCUGGCCCAAAUGGUCCACGGUGGAGCCCAGGGUGCCAACAUGAGACUAAUGAUGGAGUAUAUGAUGCCCAAACAAACCAAGGUAAUGGUCGGUUGCAUGGGUUGCUGAGCUUGGGUUGCUGGGCUUGGGCUGGAGGGCAUGGGUUACUGGGUUUGGGCUGGGGGUCAUGUGUUGCUGGGUUUGGGCUGGAGGGCAUGAGUUGAUGGGCUUGGCGUGUAGGGCAUGGGUUGCUGGGCUUGGGUUGUAGGACAUGGGUUGCUGGGUUUGGGCUGGAGGGCAUGGGUUGCUUGGCUUGGGCUGGAAGGUAUGGGUUGCUGGGUUUGGGCUGGAGGGAAUGGGUUUCUGGGUUUGGGAUGCAGCGCAUGGGUUGCUGGGCUUGGGCUGGAGGGCAAGGGCUGGAGGGCAUGGGUUGCUGGAUUAGGGCUGUAGGGCAUGGGUUGCUGGGCUUGGGGUGGAGGGCAUGGUCUGGAGGGAAUGGGUUGCUGGGUNUUGGGUUGGUGGGCAUGUCAUGGAGUGCUUAAGCUUGUGGGCAUGGUAUGGAUGGCACAGAGAGUUAAGCAUGUGAAUUUUCGCCUGGACAUGGGCAGUCGGGAAUGGGAAAACUGGCAUGGCCAGGUGGGCUUGAUUGGUAGUGUGAACAUGAUGCGUUAACAUGGUCUAAAUAAGAAAGAGCAUGUUGUUGAUUCAGCGUAUCAUUGUGAUCUCAAUCGUUUUUUUUUUAAUGUUCAAAAUGUAGAAAUUCUAGUAACAUUUAGAGAUAUGUUACAAUACUUAUUAGUCAUCAUGCUCGCAGAUGUGAUAGUAUUUUCUACACCCCUCUCGUGGAUAGCCACGUAAUGGUUUCUGAUGAUCACUCUCUCCCUAAUUACUUAUAUGAUAUUAUCAAGCUAACUUAUGACAGUGUAUUGUUCAAAACAAGCAGACCUGCAAUAACUCUAUCAAGAGUCACAACCCUGGAUGCAGAGAGCCAAUUAAUAUGGCCCGUUGAGUCGUAAAUGACCUAAAACAAAAAAAAAAUUGGGCAUUACCUUAGAAUUUAAAAAAAAAAGUCAAUGAAGGGAGAUAAUAUUUGACAUGACUAAAGCAUACUAAUUACCGGACCCUCCCACAUCACUAAUGCGUCAUCAUCUCCCCCCCCCCCCCUCCCCUAGAACAUGCUGGAGCAGUGUCUCACGCCGUCCGCCGUAAUGAAAGGCUUCAUGGGAAGCAUGGCGCCCCAACCACAACCAAAACAAGAAGGACCACGUAAGUUUUAAACAAUAACAACCCCACCCAUCCCCCACCUACACACACAUACACUUUUUUUUCUCCCAAUUUUUGUUAUAUUUUCAAAGGUGUCCGCGCUAUUGAACUACACUUAAUUUGUUAGGUUGAACAAACAUACAAUGUCAAUUCCUGCCAAAGCUACUGUCCUCUUUUUUUAUAUUUUUUAAAAUAUGUUUUUUUUUAAACAAACUAUGUUUUUCCAACAGUAUUUAUGUGAAUUAUUUGGUUUGGUUUAGCCCCACCGAUCGGAGCAGAAGGCGCGCCACCUUCAGGUCAAAGUGCCCCAGUCGAUUGUUCCAGCAUCUCACAGAUGCUCAUGAUGAGUCCGUCUGCGGCUGAGGGGGUCAUGAGCCCAGAAAACAUGGAGCAGAUAGCGACCAUGAGAAACAGGUCAGCGACGUUAAACGUUGGGGACUGUGUGUCUUACGGGGAUUGUGUGUCUUAAUACUCCUGGACACAACAGGGGUACCGGUGUGUGUGUCUGGACACAACAGUUGUCAGGUACCGAUGUGUGUCUGGACACAAUAGUUGUCAGUUACCGGUGUGUGUCUGGACACAAUAGUUGUCAGGUACCGGUGUGUGUCUGGACACAACAGUUGUCAGGUACCAGUGUGUGUCUGGACACAACAGUUGUCAGGUAACGGUAUGCGUCUUGAUACAGCAUGAGUUGUCAGGUACUGGUAUGUCUGGACACAAAAGUUGUCGGUCAGGUAUGUUUCUGGACACAACAAUGGUCAGGUAUGUUUCUGGACACAACAAUGGUCAGGUAUGUUUCUGGACACAACAAUUGUCAGGUAUGUUUCUGGACACAACAAUUGUCAGGUAUGUUUCUGGACACAACAAUUGUCAGGUAUGUUUCUGGACACAACAAUGGUCAGGUUUGUUUCUGGACACAAUAAUUGUCAUGUAUGUUUCUGGACACAACAAUUGUCAGGUAUGUUUCUGGACACAACAAUGGUCAGGUAUGUUUCUGGACACAAUAAUUGUCAGGUAUGUUUCUGGACACAACAAUGGUCAGGUAUGUUUCUGGACACAAUAAUUGUCAGGUAUGUUUCUGGACACAACAAUUGUCAGGUAUGUUUCUGGACACAACAAUUGUCAGGUAUGUUUCUGGACACAAUAAUUGUCAGGUAUGUUUCUGGACACAAUAAUUGUCAGGUAUGUUUCUGGACACAACAAUUGUCAGGUAUGUUUCUGGACACAACAAUGGUCAGGUAUGUUUCUGGACACAAUAAUUGUCAGGUAUGUUUCUGGACACAACAAUGGUCAGGUAUGUUUCUGGACACAAUAAUUGUCAGGUAUGUUUCUGGACACAACAAUUGUCAGGUAUGUUUCUGGACACAAUAAUUGUCAGGUAUGUUUCUGGACACAAUAAUUGUCAGGUAUGUUUCUGGACACAACAAUGGUCAGGUAUGUUUCUGGACACAAUAAUUGUCAGGUAUGUUUCUGGACACAACAAUGGUAAGGUAUGUUUCUGGACACAACAAUGGUCAGGUAUGUGUCCGGACACAACAGUUGUCAGAUAUGUAUGUGAGGUUUGUUCAUAUUCACUUUAUUAAGUAACAUAAGUCGAUGACACAAAUUAAGACUACAACCCAUUAGGUGGAUCACAUGACCACAAAGUAACAAAAUGCUUCAGAUGACCCACACAAUGGAAAGCAAAUCUAAAAACUCAAUCUGAUUUCAAAACAGGUCAUCAUGGGGGCCAGGUGCAUGUUAGUAAGUGGAGGUGCCAGUCUAAUGAGGAUCGGAACGUUUCAAGGAGAAACUUUCCAAACUUUAAUCCAUUUGUGACCUUAUUUUUAAAACCUUUAUAUUAACUUCGCUUUUGUUUGCGCCUGGCUGACAAAAACCUUCAUGCGGCUAAUUGACCCAAUUCCCGUCGACCCAUCAAGCUGAAACUUGGCACUUAAACUCGUUGACGAUGACAAUACAUUCAAAUUUUCAGCCCAAACCCCCAAAAAUCAGUUUUUCCUGUUUUCCACUGAAAUUCCCGAAAGCUGCGCUAAAUUAGAUUCUUUAAAAAAAUAUGGCAAGUGCGUUUGGUGCCUAAUAUUUCUUUUUUCUUAAGUUGAUUAUGAAAUAAAUAUGUGGGUUGAAAAGUGGGUAGUUCAUUAGAAUAUUAAUUUAGUUCAGUGGCUUGAAAAAAUGUGUGGUUGCGAGUGGCGAGCACAAAUUAGGUUUCUUAAAAAGAGUGUUACUUGUCAAAUUUUCAACCCCCCCCCCCCACCCCCACAACCAAAAAAAGUAAAAUAAACAUCAAAGGACUUAUAAGAAAAACUUUGUCUUUAGGGGGUGUUUAAUUCUAUUUUGAGUUUUUUUUUUAUUUUGUGCGUUGCUGAAAUCAAUGUUAUUGCUCAGAAAUCUCAUGACAAAAUUUUGAAAAAAUAAGCUCUACAACACUUUCUUCAUUUACUAACGUUAUUUUCUUCAACAGAUACCUGAAAAUGAGUUGCCAGGAAAACAUGUUAAUGGGAACAUUGCCUUACAGAAUGUGCUGUCCAGGAUAUGGUAAGUUACAGGACAGCAGAACAUUACAAUCAGUGGUUUCUGGGUGAGAAGUGUCUCAUAGUUAACUGACAAGCUUCAGAUAUACAUAAAUUUAUUCUAGACGUACGGUACAGGGCCCUUCAAUGGAUAAGUAGAUUUUUCUUGCUCAAGUUUUUCGGUCCCUAUACAUAAAUACAUUAAAUUACCGACAUUCUAAAGUGGCUGUUUGUAGCCCAACUUAAUUUAGGGUGGGGUGCUAAUGUGAUGCGAAUUGGUAGUUAGUAAACAUUUCCAAAGAUGUAGGUGAUUUAAUUAGCAUCCAGCUUUGAUUUCACACACAACGGGGCCCCAGGGUAUCAGUGGUCAGCUGCAUCGUUGAUAUAAAAUUGUAGAAUGACAAGAUUAUAUAAGGUGGUACACAUUUCACCAUAUGCCUCUGAAUGAUAUUUCUUCAACGUUUCCACAGUGAGACCACCUACAAUGGAAGAGGCCAUGAUGGCAAGAGGGAUGGCAGUUGCAGCAUAACCUAAGACACUUUAUCGUUCAAACUAACCGGUACACGUUGUUUUGCAAAGUAAACAAACGUGCUGGUACAUGUUUGCAAAGUGACCAAACCUACCAGUACAUGUUGUUUGCAAAGUGACAUCUUUUGAGACAAGGCAAUAUAAUAAAGAGGAUUCUGUUUUCCUUUCAAAUUUUUAUAAAAUUGUAUGUACUGCAACUGAAAUGCACUAAAGCAUUUGUAAAAAUCAGACAUGUCUUUUUUGUGUGAACAAAAUGAAAUAAUAUAUUAUUAUUUAUUGUAAAAAAAAAAUCCUUGUGUCUUCAUAUUUGUAUGCUGCCAAUAAAUAGUUAAUUUUAACAUUUUGUUUACAAAAAAAAAAAAAGUUUGCGCCUAAUGAAAAAUACAGAUU